AUGUCCUCCGCCGAAGUCCCCUCCAAGUUCCACGGCUGGUGCGCCGUUUCCAAGGACUCGAUCGAAGGCAAAUUCGUCUGGCAGGAGUACGAGCCAAAGGCUUUCGCCGACGACGACGUCGAUAUCAAGAUCAUGUACUGUGGUAUCUGCGCUUCGGACUUGCACACUGCUUCGGGCGGCUGGGGCGAAGUCGAUUACCCGCAAGUCGUCGGUCACGAGAUUGUUGGCGAGGUUGUCCGAGUCGGCUCGCAAGUCAAGCACGUCAAGGUCGGCGACAUUGUCGGCGUCGGAGCGCAGAACGACUCGUGCCUCGAGUGCGUGCAGUGCAAGGCCAGCCGCCCGCAGUACUGUGACAACAAUCCCGUCGGGACCUACAACGGCCGCUACUCGAGGGAAGGUCCCGGCAAGGGCGCCAAGUCGUACGGCGGUUACGCCGACUACCACCGCGCCCCCGGCCACUUCGUCGUCAAGAUCCCUGACGGCCUCGACCACGCUAUCGCUGCACCGAUGCUUUGCGGCGGCGUGACUGUGCACUCGCCGCUUGUGCAGUACGGAGCGGGAAAGACGGCGAAGGAUGUUGGAAUUGUUGGAAUCGGCGGACUUGGCCACUUCGGUCUCCUCUUCGCCAAGGCGCUCGGCGCGAACGUUACCGCCAUCUCGCACAGCGAGAGCAAGAAGGCCGACGCUGAGAAGAUGGGCGCGACCCGCUUCAUCGCGACCCACUCGGGCAGCGACGACGACUUUGCGCCGUACAAGCGCUCGCUCGACCUCAUCAUCUGCACGACCAACGACGCCUCAAUGCCGCUCAUCGGCUACCUUUCACUCCUCCGUCCUGGUGGACACUUGAUCCUCGUCGGAGCCCCAGAGGGACCCGUCGCUCGUGAACUCCCGGCUUUCCCGUUCCUAUUCGGUAACGUGAGCCUGGGAGGCUCGGCGAUUGGAUCCCCGUCGACUAUCAAGGAGAUGCUCGAGCUUGCGGCAAAGCAGAACAUCAAGUCGUGGAUCGAGAGGCGUCCCAUGGAGGAUGUCAACAGGGUCAUUCCGGAUAUGAACGCCUCGAAGGCUCGCUACCGGCGCGCUCGCUUCCCCGUUUUCGUCGUCUACGUCCUCGUCAACACCAAGAACGGCGGCAAACUUUGA